AUGUCAGCUCUGAGACGGUUAAAUCAUCUAAAAACAAUAUUUAAUCCAGUGAAGAGACACUUCUCCGCAGUGAAACAAGGGAGUAAAUACUCAAGAUCAUUCAGACAAUAUUUGCAAUUACCAAAUGGAGAGAUAGGUUCCUAUUUCCAUGAUAUCCCAUUGGAAUUGAACCAUCUAAAUAGGACGGUCAACAUGGUGGUAGAAAUUCCAAGAUUUUCCAAUGGUAAAUUCGAAAUAUCCAAAGAAAUCCCCUUUAAUCCUAUCUCACAAGAUGUGAAGAAGGGAAAAGUUAGGUUUGUUAAUAAUAUAUUCCCAUUCCGUGGGUAUAUUCAUAAUUAUGGUGCUAUACCUCAAACGUGGGAAGAUCCAACAUCCUCUCAUCAGGUAGACAGGAAGCAUUCCCUUAAAGGCGAUAAUGAUCCGUUGGACUGCUGUGAAAUUGGGUCCAAAGUAUUUGCAAUGGGGGAUAUUAAGACUGUAAAAAUUCUUGGAUCGUUGGCUUUAAUUGAUGACGGUGAAUUGGACUGGAAAGUAAUCGUUAUUAAUGUGGAGGAUCCACUUGCAUCAAGGGUAAAUACUUUGCAAGAUGUUGAUAUUCAUUUCCCGGGAAUCCUAGGAGCUACAAAGGCAUGGUUUAGGGAUUAUAAGAUACCUGCAGGUAAACCAUCAAACAAAUUUGCAUUUGAUGGUCAGUAUAAGGGUGUUUCUGAUACGAUCAAGAUCAUUGAAAGUUGUCACGAAUCCUGGACAAACCUUGUUUCUGGUAAUGUUGAAACAAAUGGUGUGAUCCUUCCCCAAAUCAAAAAGGCUGGACAAGGUGUCUUUAUGGACGACAAUUUGGAGCCUGACUCACCAAUUCCAUCAGAAGUGGAUAAGUGGUUCUACAUUAAAAAAUGA